GUCAAUGAAAUUUACAGCUUCAACGUCCACAUCACUGCGCUUUUGCAAACUUCCUGAAACCAUUUUUCCUUCUGUCGACUAAUGUCUGCGGAAGCUGAAGAGAGAGUAGUUAAUAAGGAAUUGCUCGCGAAAGCUGAAGAACGAGAAAUAGAUAAGGAAUAUCUGGCACUUCUUGAGAAUAGGUUGAAAGCUUUGAAAGAUCCAAAAAAGGCGACUGCAAAGCAGUUUCUCAGUGACAUUGCGACUUACAGAGACCAACAGCUGUUCAAACUCAUAACAUCCAGUAUUCCUGAACAUUCGGGUUUUGACGACGAUUUUGCUGAUAUUGUUAUUACUCCAAAUUAUUUGAGAAGAGUGAUAGCUCCACAGACUUGCGCUAUCAACAAACUAGAGCUGGUUCAUCUUGUGAAAAGCGAUCACGUUCAGAAGCAACACGAAGCCGCUAUAGAAAACGAUCUGCCUCUGGAGAAUAAUGAUCUUGUUUUUACGGAGAGGAAGUUUUUGUCGUUCACGGAAUCAAAUCAAAUUUUUGUAGUGCAGAAGAAUGCAAGCACGAGUAACGCAUGUGUACAAACUUGUUUAAUCAGUGCUUAUGGUCGACUUUUAUUUGUUGAGGAAAACAAAGUCGUUUGUCUACCUAAACUUCUAGAUGAGACUUUGAAAAGUGGGCAUUCCAUAGAACUGUCUUGUGGCGAUAUUUCGCCUUUGGAGGAGGAAGGAUCUCUUGCUGUAUUAGCGACGUGCUGGGUAGAAUUGAAUGAGCAUUUCUGUCCAUGUCGGAAUUUUGGAGCUUUGUUUCGAAUAUCGUCUACACUUCAUGUGGAAUUGACGAGUAAGGUAGAGGCGUCAGCGCCAGUUGCUCAUUGCUCUAUAAUAGGAAGAGGAGUAGAUGCUCUCCAGCAAAAAUAUUGGGUCGUAUACGAAGCUGGAGAUAUUUUGGCAGUGUAUAGAAUUGAGCAAAGUAUCUGCAAGGUAGAAAGAGUUGUACACCCUCUGGUGGUAUUCCCUGAAUUGACGCUGGAUGCAUUUCCUGGCGCUGUAACGCGAUCUUCGCUCAUUUCGACGGAAAGGUUACGGUGGAGUGCGCUGGGUUUCGAUACUGGCCAUGUGUUUCUUUCGGUGUUUGAUGCGGAUACAAAUAUAGUUUAUAGAAAACUAAUAAAAUUCUCUGGGCCCAUCUCUGUAGUACAAUUCAUCUCUUGUCGUACGCUAAGUACUCCGUCUGACGAAGCUGAUGCCAGUGAAAGUUCUAAGACCUAUGAGGAACGUUAUUUGGCUAUAUCUUCUACACUCGGACCUGUAGCCGUAUGGAAAUGCAAUUUUGAGGGUGAUUUUCUGUGCUGGAAUCACGAAUUUGUCUUGAAACAAUCCGAGCAGUACGAUUCUAUCACAUCUGCUUGUAUGGUAAGAGAGUCGCAGCAAAGCACUGACGAUACGUCUGCAUGCGUGAUGAAUGAUUUGAUAGCUGUUGCGACAUACUCUGGGAAAAUACUUUUCUACUCGUUGAACUGUGAUCUAUUCAGCCACGAAAUAUCGUGGAUAACUCAAAUUAAUGCUCCACUUGUUAAAUUGAAGGUGCUCGAUGAGAACACGCUAUACGCAUUGUCUACGGCGGGAUUGCACACUGUGAGACGUAAUGAAUCCUAAUUUCUUUCUACUUAUUUGUACUAGCUGGCAAACCCGGCUCCGCCCGGCCCUGUCAAAAAUAUAUUCGUAAUCAGCAUGCCCACUUAUCCCCUUGUGCCAACUCCCAGCCCCGUAGCUCGAACUUUUUGAAAUAUCAAUAAAAUCGAUAUCGACUGAUGACGAAAAGUAGCCUAUGACAUCCGCCCGGCCCCGAAGUGUAUGCGUGCAAAGUUUGAUCCGGAUCGGUUCAGAAAUGGAACUUUCUAUUCGGAACAUACGUACAGACAUACAGACAUACAUACAUACAGACAGACAAACAGACAUUCAGCUCUAUAUAUAAGAUUCAUUGAUG